CCAACAACCUCCUCAUAAUCCUCACAUCCAUCAAAUAGAACGACAGUACUAUGUGUACCCCAAAGUGCCACAGAAGUUAAAUAGCUGCGCAUUUUCGAGCAAAUAAAGUUGAAAUGUUAUUGACCGUGCAUGAUUAAAAUGUCGCCUUGAGAGGAGGGCAGCAUGUAAUUAGCCCUUAAAUGAACCCUGUAACCUGAUAGCAUGGUAAACUGUCCACUGUAGGAACCGCUGUCCCUGAAGGGGUUAAAAUGAAUUUGCAUAAUUUUGAUCUCUUCAAGCAUUACAUGAGAAACUUUGCAAGCAUCCAUGAAUUUUUUUCUGUCACGAGUAAUUUUAUGUUGGCCCUAAUUAAGCCUGUAUUAAAUUAUUAUUUUGACCUUUUGUGUUUUUUAUUGCUAUAUGUCAUUUUAGUCACGUAAGUGAAUUGUUUGUACUGUGAUUAAUUCAAUUAAAUGACAGCAAAAAACAAUCAUGAUUCAUAUGCAACUCUUUUUUCCCACUAUCAAUGAUUUUCAUAAAACAAAUUCAAAAUAGGUCAAAAUUAAUGUUAAGCCUUUGUUGCAGACAGAAACUUUUUCUUGUUGAUAAAUUUGUUUGGUGUCUCACCUGGUCGCAAUUAUUAUUUUUUUGUUCGCGGUAUGGACAGUGGACUUACCUGAGCAUCCUGGGACAGAUAACAACAUUUCCCAGCAUGCUUGUCAUGACGUCACCACGUUGUUCUCAGCACUCGUCCCCGCCCACUCGGGCUCACUGGCUGCUUCUCGCUCGUGGAUGUGUGCAAGUGUGGAUGUGGGGUCAGUGUAUGUUUACGUUGGAAGGCUCACAACAAAGGAGAGCCUGUCAUUCAAACCCGAGCCUCCACUCAUAGUCACUGGAUAUUCUCCUCGGCGGACGCACUCCUCAACUACCCUCCUUGAAGCUUCAUUUGGGCAAUUUUCACCUUUAUUCAUGAUACAACAUUUGUACUUCCCGUCUUCAUCUUCUUCUUCUUCACGUGCCGGGUGAGCUAAGUUGGCAUCGGCGGCUGUGGUGGAUGGUGGUGGAGAAGUCCAGACCGGCGACGGUGGAGCUCGGCCCGGCGGCAGUCAGUUUGAGACGCUGGAAAUAAAGACGUCAUUGAACCCACGGGGAUGACUGAGGACGUCCGAAGCAUGAGAGGCUGGAGCUGAGGCUCACUUGACCCCUUCCCCUUCCUCCUCCUCUUCCUCAUUUCCCACCCCUGUGUUCCACUUAGCUUAGCACCACCCUCGACUCCCUGUCCCACUUCCUCUGUGCUCCUAUCUCCCCCCCACCCCCCCACCACCACCACACCUUGCAGCCCACCCUGAUGUCCAUCCAUCAGCCAAGCCCGAUGUACUCCCCCGAGCAGGAGAACAUCUGCACCACUUCCAUCAAAGUGCCAGUCAAGUAUGGAGAGCUCAUUGUGCUCGGGUACAAUGGCUCUUUACCCAACGGCGAUCGAGGCCGACGCAAAAGCCGCUUUGCGCUGUGCAAACGGCCAAAGGCCAACGGAGUUAAACCCAGCACGGUUCACGUCGCCUGCUCUCCGCAGGCUGCCAAGGCCAUCAGCAACAAAGACCAGCACAGCAUCUCGUACACGCUGUCCAGAGCCCAGACGGUGGUGGUGGAGUACACACACGACAGCAAUGUAGACAUGUUUCAGGUGGGUCGUUCCACGGAGAGCCCGAUCGACUUUGUGGUGACGGACACGGUGGCGGGCACACAGAGCAACGGCGACACCACGCAAACUGUCCAGAGCACCAUCUCCCGCUUUGCCUGCCGCAUCAUGUGCCAGCGCGCACCGCCUUACACCGCCCGCAUCUACGCGGCCGGCUUCGACUCGUCCAAGAACAUCUUCCUCGGAGUGAGGAUCCACGACACGAACCCGCAAACCCGAAAGCCGACAAGCGACGCUGAAAGUCCCAUUUGUUUGUUUUCAUGUCAGGAGAAAGCUGCUAAGUGGAAGACGUCGGACGGGCAAAUGGAUGGCCUGACCACCAACGGCGUGCUGGUGAUGCACCCUCGCCACGGCUUCAGCCAGGACUCCAGGCCCGGCGUGUGGCGGGAGAUCUCCGUGUGCGGCAACGUUUUCACGCUGCGAGAGACGCGCUCGGCGCAGCAGCGGGGAAAGAUGGUGGAGGCCGAGUCUCAAGAGCUAGUGGACGGCUCCCUGAUCGACCUGUGCGGCGCCACGCUGCUGUGGCGCACGGCCGAGGGCCUGUCGCGCACGCCCACCCUCAAGCAACUGGAGGCCCUGCGGCAGGAGAUCAACGCGGCGCGCCCCCAGUGCCCCGUGGGCUUCAACACGCUGGCCUUCCCCUCCAUGCGGCGCAAGGACACACCGGACGAGAAGCAGCCGUGGGUCUACCUGCGCUGCGGCCACGUGCACGGCUACCACGACUGGGGCAACCGGCACGAGGAGCGGGACGGGCGCCAGCGCGAGUGCCCCAUGUGCCGCGCCAAGGGGCCCUACGUGCCCCUGUGGCUGGGCUGCGAGGCCGGUUUCUACGUGGACGCCGCGCCGCCCACACACGCCUUCGGCCCCUGCGGCCACGUCUGCUCGGAGAAAACGGCCGCCUUCUGGAGUCAGAUCCCGCUGCCCCACGGCACGCACACCUUCCACGCCGCGUGCCCCUUCUGCGCCCACCAGCUGAGCGGCGAGCGCGGCUUCGUCAGACUCAUCUUUCAAGGACCUUUGGACUAGAGGACGCCUGGUUUGGACGAUUUUUUUAUUUUUUAUUUUUUUGGUCGUCGUCGUCUCGCUCUCAUUUUUGAGUAUUCCUUUUUGAAGACAAAUAUUUCUACAUUUUCCACUGACACAAAACUGCUGGAGAGACUUUGUGAUCGUGACAACGACGACAGUAUUUAUCCCAAAGCAAAAGCUACGGUGCGGCUUAUUGUUCUCGGACUUCAGGGUGUCCCCCAAAAAAUGUGCACUCUCUAAAUGGCCACUCCCCAAAAUUGAAGAAUUAGCCUAAUAUGCACUAGAACAUUUAAAGGUGAACCUAAUAUGACUUUGUCUAAUCAAUUAUUUUUAAAAAACAACAUUAAUUUGGUAAUCCACGAACACACUCUGAUGACUCUAAUGCGCAUAUUUUAUGCUUUUGUGACACCUCAAACCACAAAACAACAGAAGCAAGACUGAAAUGGCUUUUCAGAAGAAUUUUUUUUUACAUCUUAACAACAAAGAAACGACGAUGACUGACGAUCACCAUUCACGUCAUCUUUUCUCGCGGUUCGUGACACACUUUUCUGAAACCUAGUGCGCUGUUUCUUCCAUACGUACAACUCGGUUUAAGUGUGAGCCGCCUAAAAUCGAAAAGCAUCCAAAGCGAUGAAAUCGCGCCAUCUGUAGGCAUCUGUUAAGCAUUACAAGUGGUUGACAAACCUGAAUUUUCUGAACUCGCGUCAUCUUGUGAUGUUUAAAAACAAAUGAAUAUAUUAUUCCGAUUUUUUUUAGGGGACACCCUGUACACUGUAUGUCUCAUUAGCUAAUUUAAAAUGUUUUUUGAAUGGCCCUCAAGGCAUCACGUCUUUUUCCAGUCUUUCAUCUUUGUACUCUGCACAUUGUGUGUUUUUCGAGGUCUUUCAUGUGUGUGUGUCAUUUACGUCAAUGUUUUGUCCCGUGUUUGACUCUCCAAGCCGUUGACAAAGCAAUACCUUUUUCUGAACCUCUUGAAGCAUUACAGGUCGUCUGAGUGGUCCCUGCCCCCCUGAACCCUUUAUAUCAGCGCAGCCAUGUAGCAUCGCACACACACGAGCAGGACUUCAAAUGUGUUUUGUGACCACUGUUAUGAAAAAGCCAGUGUUGUUAAUUGGUUGGAAAACCAUGACUGUAUAUCCGUGAAUGUACACGUUCUAUCCAGAAGUUAUUUUGACGCCCUGACAAGUUGAAAGUGUUCCAAACACAUUUUUUUCCAAAAACAAAAACAAUAAAUUGAGCUACAUGCUUUAUUGGACAGCGACGACGUGAAAAAUGGACGAGCUUGGGGCGAUUUUCGUGUCAUGUUUUCUUAACAGUUUGUUCGCCGAUUCGUUAACAACAGCAAAAAAGGGGCAGACCGUUUGAAUCCGGUUUGAUUAAAAUUUCCCCAACGAUUCACGCAACUAGCGUCGGCGCGUUUUCAAAUACGUCACGCCAGAGCCUGAAAUAAUGUCCCGAAUCCACCUGACGAAAAUCGAAAAUCUGUGGCACGCACACGUACAUAACGAAAUGAAUUUCAUUUCUCUUUGCCCAAAUAUUGAAGAAAGGGUUUCUCCCGGUGCUGUCAGUCAUUCUGACACGCACGUGGUCCUCGUCCUCCUCUAAAAGUGUUUUUUGUGAAGGUGAAAGAAAGCAAAAGAAUGUUUUUCUAAUGACUUUAAACAAUAAAGUGAAAAAAUCUU